ACCACCUCCACCGGAGUUCUAGCGAAUAGAAUCGUAAGAAAUUACGAUUAGAAGAAAUGGCACGAGGACGCCCAGCUAAGCGGGCACCAGCUACUGAGCCCCAGCAGGAGGCAGGCAGUUCAGUGCCCCCUCCAGAUCUUGCAGCGUUGGUGGCUCAGUUACAGCAGCAGCUAGCUGAACAGCAACAGGAAAUAGCCACCUUAAAGGCUAACCAGCAGCAUACUCCUACCGUCACCCCGGAACCGAACUUAGCAACCCCAGCAUUUAUAGAGGUUCCACCAGUUCAGCCAACAGCACCAAUACCAGCACCAGUGGUCCCAGCAGCUGAGCUAAGGAAAGAAGCUUACCUAAUCCAGUGGCAGAGAGUUAAGCCCGAGAAUUUCUCAGGCACUAGCGAACCAUGGGAUGCUCAAGCAUGGUUCAAAACACUGGAGAGGAUAAUGGAGCUUCUAGACUGGCCGGAACAGGAGAAGGUUAAAUGUGCUUCCUUCUGCCUGACAGGGGACGCUAGCAUAUGGUGGGAGAGAGUUAGAGCGAAGCGCCCAGUGAAUCAGAUGUCAUGGGCUGACUUCGAGAAAGAGUUCUUCGAGGAAUUCUUUCACAUGCGAGUUACAGACCGCCGCUACGACGAGUUCAUUGAAUUUCGCCAGGGCAACCUCUCAGUGGAGGAAGCCGUGAAGAAAUUCAACAGGUUGGCUCGUUUAUGCCCAGAGCUAGUCAGCACAGAGAAGGAGCGAAUCCGGUUGAUGCUCAAGAUAAGCACAGUUUGA